UGUGGCUGUCCCUCCCUGUCCAGGUGAUGGUGUGGAUCCAUGGAGGUGGUCUCAUGGUGGGCGGGGCCUCAACCUAUGAUGGCCUGGCCCUCUCUGCCCAUGAGAACGUGGUGGUGGUGACCAUUCAGUACCGUCUGGGCAUCUGGGGAUUCUUCAGCACAGGGGACGAACACAGCCGGGGGAACUGGGGUCACUUGGACCAGGUGGCCGCUCUGCGCUGGGUCCAGGACAACAUCGCCAACUUUGGAGGGAACCCAGGCUCUGUGACCAUCUUUGGAGAGUCAGCAGGAAGCGAAAGUGUCUCUGUCCUUGUUUUAUCUCCUCUGGCCAAGAACCUCUUCCACCGGGCCAUUUCUCAGAGUUGUGUGGCCAUCAGUCAUGCUCUGGUCCUCAAGGGUGACGCCAAGCCCCUGGCAGAGAAAGUUGCUGUCGCUGCUGGGUGUAAAACCACCACCUCGGCUGUCAUGGUUCACUGCCUGCGCCAGAAGACAGAGGAGGAGCUCUUCGAUUUGACACUGAAAAUGAACUUUUUUGUGAUUGAUUUAGUUGGAGACCCCAGAGAGCGUCGCCCCUUCCUGCCCACCGUGGUGGAUGGAGUCGUGCUGCCCAAAUCCCCUGAAGAAAUUCUGGCUGAGAAGAGUUUCAACACUAUCCCCUACAUUGUCGGCUUCAACAAGCAAGAGUUUAGCUGGAUCCUUCCAUUGCUGAUGGGCUAUCCACUUCCUGAAGACAAACUGGACCAGGAGACGGCCACAUCACUAUUUUGGAAGUCCUAUCCUUUUACUGGCAUCCCUGAGGAGCUGACUUCAGUAGCCAUUGAGGAAUAUUUAGGAGGAACAGACGACCCUGUCAAAAAGAGAGACAGGUUCCUGGACUUGAUGGGAGAUGUCCUACUUGGUGUCCCAUCUGUGAUUGUGGCCCGACACCACAGAGAUUCCGGAGCCCCCACCUACAUGUAUGAGUUUCAGUAUCGCCCGAGCUUCUCAUCAGUCAUGAAACCCAAGACGGUGAGAGGGGACCACGGGGAUGAGCUCUUCUCUGUCUUCGGAGCUCCAUUUUUAAAAGAGGGUGCUUCAGACGAGGAGAUCCAACUUAGCAAGACGGUGAUGAAAUUCUGGGCCAACUUUGCUCGGAAUGGGAACCCCAAUGGGGAGGGACUGCCCCAUUGGCCAGCAUACGACCAGAAGGAAGGGUACCUGCAGAUUGAUGUCCCCAUCCAGGCAGCCCAGAAGCCGAAGGAGAAGGAAGUGGCUUUCUGGACUAAGGUCCUGGCCAAGGAGAAGCCACCACAGACAGAACACACUGAGCUUUGAAUGGGAGGCCCCGGCAGCCUCUGGAGCCUGGAGGAGCCAAGACAGGGCUAUUCUACGGAAGGUGAUCAUGGGUCAGAGAGCAUCUCAUUGUGAGGGUUGGAGAAUUGUCUUCUCUGGGUGGACACAGGGCAAGGAAGAGCAGUUUUUGCACUUGUAACUUCAACUGUUGUAAUAAAUGUUUUUGGAGCCUAAA